ACGUGUCAUUCAUGUUUUUAUUCCAUAGAAGUCGUUAAUGAUAACUGUGUAGAUUGAAUAAUUUAAUUGUCACGAUUGUGACGAUUCAUCGUAAAUUGUGUAUUUUAUUCAAAAAUUUGGUUUUUGGUAUAACUGGUGAAUGUCAUUAACCGAUAAGCGAGAGUACCGUUUAAUCAGCUGUAUGUUCAAUAGUUUAUGCUUGACAUAUUUUUAACUCUGUUCCGUGAUUGUUUUUGUUUUAGUAAAGAAUUCUUACUGAAAUACUUAUAUUAAUUGUAUAUAUUAUAGGAUCAUCAUUACUCACAGGAAGAAUCCUGACAUCUAUACAAAAUGCUUCCACUUUCGCACAAAGACUCUAGAAACAUUGGUAGUCGGAUAUUAGAGAAGGUACUAAGCUGGAAACGUUUAAUAUUUUCUGAUAAGAACACCAGGAAUUUAUUUUUAUUUCUUCUCCUCAAUUUAUCCUUUGCCUUCAUUGAAUUACUCUAUGGAAUAUGGACAAAUAGUUUGGGCUUGAUAUCAGACAGUUUCCACAUGUUCUUUGAUUGCACUGGUCUGCUAUUUGGUUUGGCUGCAUCUGUUAUAACAAAAUGGAGAGCAAAUGAAAGAUAUUCUUAUGGUUAUGUUAGAGCAGAAGUAUUGGGAGGAUUUGUCAAUGCUCUGCUAUUAUUCUUCAUUGCUCUUUUCAUUAUGUCAGAAGCAGUUGAGAGGUCCAUUGAACCACCAGAGAUAAAACAUGAAAGACUUCUUGUUGUGUCUAUUAUGGGAUUGUUAGUUAAUUUAGUUGGAAUAUACGUGUUCAGGCAUGGACAUGGGCACGGCCAUGGAAUGGGACAUGGGCACUCACAUUCUCAGUCUCAUAGCAGCCAUGGACAUUCUCACUUAAACCAUAGCCAUAGCCAUGAUCAUCAUGAUAUUGAGAUCGAUCCUUCCUUCAGUGGUACAAACUCUCAAAUUAUGAAAGGUGUCUUCUUGCAUAUCUUAGCAGACACUCUUGGAUCUGUUGGUGUAAUUAUAUCAGCCAUACUGAUGCGUCUGUUUGGUUGGUUUAUAGCUGAUCCAAUUUGUUCCAUGCUGAUAGCAGUAUUGAUAGUUUUAAGUGUUCUUUCUUUGAUGAAAGAUUCAUGGGAGAUAUUGAUGCAAAGGCAACCACCAGCAUUGGAUCAUGUUCUGCCACAGUGUUACAACAAAGUGACCCAACUGGCUGGGGUGUACAGUGUACAAGAACCACAUUUCUGGACACUGUGUUCAGACGUGUACGUUGGAUGUUUGAAAUUGGAGGUUGCCAGAACAGUGGAACCUAAAUACGUUGUAGCGCACACACAGAUGAUUUUCCAAGCAGCCGGAGUAAGGCAUCUAACUGUCCAACUGGAUUACGCACCCAUGUGAUCUAGGAAAAAUAUGCAUGCCCUAAAGUGUUCUUAUAAGUGCUCCAGGACUGUAUUUGUUUGUGGAGUUUGUCAGAAGCAAGCUAGGAACACUGCAUUAGUGCAAAAUAUUUUUGCCAUUUUAAAAUUCUGCAGGUGCAUAAUUCUGAGUAAUAGCAAAUAUCAUCUUGGAUUACAAAUCAUUUAAGAAUGUGUCCAAAUUUUUAAACAAUUAUGAAAACAUAAUAAGUUGUCAAUUUAGGGAUCUACUCCUAAGGAUAUUUCAUCUUUAAAAUAAUGCAUUUAGAAAUUUGUAUCUACUGUAAUUGAAAAUCACUUAUUUCAUGUUAUUCUUUCUAUAUGUAAGCAAUGAUUUGUUUAUAUCGCAUAAUGUUAUCUUAUUUCAAUUAAUUGCACUUUAUCUUUGAUUCAAAAAACUUAAUGGUGUAUUUUAUUAAUUGUCCGACGAAGUCUUUAUAUAUCGAAAUGCAUUUGAAACGUUAAGAAAUUACGGGUGUACUGUAAUACAAUCCAUUUCAUCAUUGCGGCGGCUGAUUUACACCACUUUUGUAAAGAUCUCUUUUUCAUUCACUUUGUUACUACAUUAAGUUUAUGUACAUUACGAUAUACAGUAAAACUUCGGUGCAUUAUGGUCGAGCGUGUGCAAGAUAUUAAAAAAAUAAUCUAAGCGCGCAAUAAUGGCCGUAAUUAUAUAUAGACAGCUGUAGACAGCUAGUCAUUACUAUAAAAAAAAAAGAAAAUAUGUGAAAUAUAUACUAUAUAUAAAUACAACUUUAUAAACUGUAAUAUAAAUUAAUAUUCUUACGUUAAACAAAGUUGCGUUUUCUUGCAUAAUAAAAAUGUAUUCACUUUUUACAUUCUGCUCGCGUUAAAUGCUAUUGUAAUUCAAUUAAUAUUUAAAAAAAUAUAUAUUUUUAACGCGCGCAGAAUAUUCAUUUCAUGGCAAUGCUUUGCGAAUAUGAAAUAAACAAUUCUACAAAAAAUUCUAUUUAAGGUCAGGCAAGACUUGCUUCGCGAAAAAAUAUAUUUCAUUAGCGUGCAUGGUUUUCUACCACAUAUUUCAUACAUGCGUGAUAUAGAGAAUCAUUGUUCAUCGUUUUCAUUAGCAUUGUAAUAUAUCCGCCGAGACACGAAUUAGAUUUACGACAGAUUUGUAAGCGUAAAUCGUAAGCAUGACCAGGACAUUCCAUAUAGCCGUGCUAUAUAAGUACAUAAUAUAAUUUGUAUACAUCAGAUGGUGACGAAGUAGGCCAAAAUAUAAUUCAUUGAGAAAACGAAACGUCGACAGAGACUUAACAGAAAUUUGUUUGGUAACGGGAUGUAGACAACUUUUUUAUUGAGAUGCUGUAUCGUUAAAAUAACGAUUAAACUCUCUUCAAUAAAGAUAGCAACGAAGAGGUAUGUAAUUUCCUCGAUGAAAGUCAACAUUGUUACGUUUUAUCAACAUUACUGUAUAAAUAAAACACAAAAUUGUAUAUCUUCGAUAUCAACACAGUGUAAAUAAUAAACAGAAAUACUAAUCUUCAAA